AUGGCGAACACAAGCGGAUUGUAUGGCUAUUAUGACGUCAACCCGAUGAGGAGGUCCAUCAUGACCUUCAACAUCGAUGACGGCUUUCCUGAGGCCAUCGUUCGCGGCUAUCGCUCCGGCAUUCUCACCCCCGCCGACUACGCCAAUCUUACCCAGUGCGAGAGCCUCGAGGACAUGAAGCUGCACUUGGCGUCCACGGACUACGGUGAUUUCCUCCAGAAUGAGCCCUCCCCCAUUCACACCACCACCAUUGCCGAGAAGUGCACCCAGAAGCUCAUCGAGGAGUUCCAGUACGUGCGGGCCAACUGUUUCGAGCCCCUCAGCACUUUCCUCGACUACAUCAGCUUCCUGGGCUGCCUGUCGCAGGAGGAUCUGAACGAGAUGAACAUCGAGCUCAUCCGUAACACACUGUACAAGGCCUACCUCCAGGACUUCUACAGGUACUGCCAGGUCCUCGGCGGCGACACUGCCGAGGUGAUGGGCGAGAUCCUCCAGUUCGAGGCGGACAGGCGCGCCAUCAACAUCACCAUCAACUCCUUCGGCACGGAGCUCAGGAAGGAGGAGAGGGAGGCGCUGUACCCCAACUUCGGUCUGCUCUACCCGGAGGGCACCAAGAAGCUCGGCCAGGCCGACCGAGUCGACCAGGUCAAGGACAUUGUCGACACCUUCAGCAACUACGGCCGGCUGUUUGACGAGUCGGGCCACAACAGCGACAAGUCGCUCGAGGACGCCUUCUUCGCCUACGAGGUGAAGCUCAACCAGCUCUCCUUCGACAGGCAGAUGCAGUACGGCGUCUUCUACGCCUACAUCAAGCUCAAGGAGCAGGAGAUCAGGAACCUGGUGUGGAUCGCCGAGUGCAUUUCGCAGCAGCUCAAGUCCAAGAUCAACAACUACAUCCCCAUCUUCAAGGACUAA